AUGGCUAGCUGCCGAGCAAGAUGGAAGCAUAAUCCACAGCACCAUCCCGGUGUACAGAAAUCUGAAAACCGCAACACAGCCAAGAUGCAUAAGAGCACAAAGAACGCCUCCAAGGCGGAAAAACUAAACUUUUUCGUGCACAAACCGCAACUAGAGUCUACCGGCCAGCAGGCCUCAGACAAAGAUGGCGACGGAAAAGUGGAGAAAGAUGCCCCACACCACGAACUGGAAACAUCCAAACCACCGGGGUAG